AUGGAGGAGGAGAUGCAGCAGCUCAGGGAGCAGCUGGCUCAGCUUAAGGCGGACAAUGAGCGACUUCUUCACAAUGGGGCGUCAAAUCCGGCUGGCCCGAGCGGGGCUUCCCAGGCCUCGGGCGUCUCCACUGGUCAAGCUCGGUCGCUGGGCUUUCACACCCCCACUACAGACCGAGUGCUUGUGAUGACGCGGGACCAAAAAUGCCCUCUGUUUAAUGCCACAGUGUCCUCCCAGGCAGAGGCUGAGUCGAUCCAGGGCAGAUUGGAGGAGGCGGACCUGUCCGCCCUAAAAGAGGAGGAACGGGCAGGAGUCAGGGCUUUGUUGCAGAAGUACAGGGACGUGUUCGCGGCACAUGAGGGCGACUUGGGGUGCACCAGCUUGUGCCGGGUGACACCGAGCCUCAAAAUCCAGCUGGCGUUGUGGCCAGGGUCCCUGUCCCCACUGCCGAGGGCCCCACAGUUGCAGAUCAGCCAGGAGGGGCACCCGUAUCGGAUUGCAGUCAGCCUACUUUACUUGGUUGGAGGCCGCUGGAGCGCGUGGGAGAAGCGCUUUGGCUUUUGCCGCGAGUUUGGGUGCUCCACAAUCGAGACCCUGAGCUGCAGCUGGGACAAGUCUGGUAUUCAAACCGGCUCUCUCCCUCCUCCCACUGGCCGUGAGUGCGUGCCUUUCACUGGCAGAUUUGUGCCUGUCCUUCAGGCUCUCUCCACGUGUGGUCUAUACCAGGGCUACCACUCUGAAAGGCAGCCGCUGUUCUGUCCACCUCUGUCUCGCAUGUCUCUGGAGACGCUGGAGCGCGCUCACGUGUGGCCUCCUGGCUCGGAUCACACCGCUACAGCGUGCACGAGCGCUGGAGUGCUCUAG